AUGUUGCGCAGUUCAAUUAGUAAGAGAUUCUUUUCGAGCACAAGAGUUUCGUUGGAAACACUUGCUUUCAUCGAGUCAACCGGCUCCAAAAUCUCACCAGCCUCGCUUUCAGCUAUUAGUGCUGCUACGCAAAUAGGUAAGCCAAUCACAGCAUUAUUGGCUGGUACUGAAGGUAAUGCUAUUUCUUCAGAAGUAGCCAAGAUCCCAGGUAUUUCGAAGAUUUUAGUAUCAAAAAGUAGCAAUUACGACCAUUACUUGGCUGAAGAAUUGUCUCCAUUAAUCAAGGAAGUAUUGGAGUCGUCCGAUUACACGCAUUUCAUCACCCCAGCAUCGGCCGUGGGAAAGUCUGUUUUACCAAGAGUUGGAGCAUUGAUGGAUAUCCAGCCAGUUUCUGACAUCCUUAAAGUUGAAUCGGAAAAUACUUUUGUCAGACCAAUCUAUGCUGGUAAUGCGUUGGCAACCGUUAAGUCAAACGAAAAGGUCAUUCUUGCUUCUGUUAGAGCAUCCGCAUUCCCACCAGUUGAGUUGAGUGGCGAUGGCUCAACCCCAAUCGAAGAAUACACCCAAUCCAGCGAAUCUAAUAACAGAACCGAGUUUGUCAAGGAAGACUUGGUGACGUCUGAAAGACCAGAAUUGGGCUCUGCAACCAGAGUUGUUUCUGGUGGUCGUGGAUUAAAGAACAAGGAAACCUUUGAAAAGUUGAUUGAGCCGUUAGCAUCGAAAUUGAACGCUGCUGUUGGUGCUUCAAGAGUCGCAGUGGAUUCUGGUUUCUGUGAUAAUUCCUUACAAGUUGGUCAAACUGGUAAGAUCGUUGCACCAGAAUUAUACGUUGCUGUUGGUAUCUCUGGUGCCAUCCAACACUUGGCUGGUAUGAAGGAUGCUAAGACCAUUGUUGCCAUUAAUAAGGACCCUGAAGCUCCAAUAUUCAAUGUUGCAGAUAUUGGCUUAGUUGCUGACAUAAAUGAAGCAGUUCCUGAAUUAACUGAAAAAUUAUAG